AUGACAAUCUCCGAAAAGUUACUUGAUUUCGUAGAAAAAACGUUCAUCUUUGCCGGACAAGCGUAUGUCGUUCUCAGCAGGUCUUCAACGUGGGAAAACGUGAACACCUCGACAUGUUCCAUGGGAGAAUUAUUGAGAUACAACUCUGGCACCUUUGCUGAAGGCGGAUGCAGCGAACUUGUAGGAGCUAAUAGAAAUUGUUGUGUUGUCAUUAAUGAACUUCUCAAAAAUAACGGAUAA